GACAUGAGGAAUAAAGAUUUAUCAAUGAUAUUUUAUAGUUCUAAUUAAUAUUUUACCGUUUUAGAAACUGACAAGACGCUGUAACGAAUCAAAUUUCUUCAAAUUUCCGUUUUAAGUUCCUAAUAAUGUAUGCCUCAAUACAUAUACUUUAAGUGGCCAGUUCUCAGUUUAAUGAUACAUUGAUUAAUCACUUUUCAGUAUGAUGCUAAUGCAACGCUUAUUUCCAAACCUUGUGACUAAUAAACUCUGUAGUGCUAAAAUAUUAACGAAUUUUGUACUUAGAUGUACAUAUGGUUUAAACAAUGUAGGAAGUGAUGAUCCCGGUGUUGAAAUUCCUGAAAAAAAAAUUGUUGAAGAAAAAACUAGUUUAGCCAUGAGGGCAUAUCUGCAAAGAGCUACACAAUACAAUAGCUUUAUGGAUCAGCAAAUACAUGAAUAUAAAAUUGGGAAACGACAUUUAGCUAAUAUGAUGGGUGUUGAUCCAGAAACAUUUACUCAAAAAGAUAUUGAUGCCGCUAUUGGGUAUUUAUUCCCUUCUGGUUUGUAUGAUCCAAAAGCAAGACCUUUAAUGAGACCACCCAGUGAAGUAUUUCCACCAAAAAAAGAUGCAGAAUUUGAUGAAUCUGGUCGUCCAUUUCAUGUUUUUUUUUAUACAGGAAAACCAAACUUUUAUUCAAUAUUACACAAUAUAGCCACUAAAUUAGUAGAAUUAAAUAAGUUCGAAGACAGUUUGAGGAAAAACAAUAUACUUCCUGAUGCUGACAAAAAAUUAACUUCUUUUGGAAGUCAAUGGUUAUCUAAAGAAGAUUUAGAAAAGAAAACGGUUGAAAGGCUUUCAGACCAUGAAUACAAACAUUUUGUUGUUGCAAUUGAACGAUUGUUAAACCAUGCAUGUGCAUAUAAAUUAACUGAAUUUAUUUCUGAAUAUCAAAAACCUAUGAUAUCAACUAAAUCCAUUGUUGAAUCAUCACCAGUCCUAUACACAAAAGAUGGACGAGCUUAUGUUACUGUGAAAGAUUGCCCUAGAAAAGAUGCUAGAGCUGAUGUUACAGUUUAUUAUCCUGGAACAGGCAAACUAUCAAUAAAUGGAAAAGGAAUUGAAUUCUUUGACUAUAUUCAAGCUAGAGAACAGAUAUUAUUCCCGUUAUUAUUUACGGAUAUGAUUGACAAAGUAGAUAUUGAAGCUACAGUCAGUGGUGGAGGAGUUUCUGGAAAAGCUGGUGCAAUCCGUUUUGGUAUUUCUUGGUGUUUAUGUUCAUUUGUGGAUCCUGAAGUAGUGGAACGCAUGCGAAUCGCUGGUCUAUUACAAAAAGAUUACAGGAGAAGAGAAAGGAAAAAACCAGGUCAAGCAAGAGCUAGGAGGAAGUUCACUUGGAAAAAGCGUUAAAAAAUUAUUUUUGUUAUAUAAAAAAUGUAUAAAUUCAAAGUACAAUAAAAAUAAAAUAAAUUAGA